AGCACUUCGAAGACUCUUUCCCUCCUUGAUUAUAGAAUUUCCGACGCCGAGCGAAGUAGCACUUAACCUGAUUGGCCCGUCGGCGCGACCGGAGGCGGCGCCUGUUUUCAAGCUGACCAAUCGGCGCCCGCAACGUUUUAUGAAAGGCGGCGAGUCAAACGGUCCGCCCCGUCCGUCGCUCAUUGAAGAAGGAGAGGGACGGUGUGUCGCACCUUCCUCAGCUCAAAUCCAGUCAUGUCGUCCAAACUUACCAAGCUUUUUGUCGGCGGCCUGAACGUGGAGACGACGGACGAUGGCCUCCGCGGACAUUUCCAGCAAUUCGGCGCGCUUAACGACUGCGUGGUGGUCAUAAACCAGGCGGUGGGCCGCUCCCGCUGCUUCGGCUUCAUAACCUACGCGACGCCGGAGGAGGCCGACGCAGCAAUGGCGUCCAAGCCACAUGUCGUUGACGGCCGCAACGUGGAGCUCAAGUGGGCCGUGGCCCGGGAGGACGCCAGCAACCCGGACGUAUCGUCCAACGUCAAGAAGAUCUUCGUCGGCGGCGUCAAGGACCACCUGGAACCCGAGAACCUCAGCGACUACUUCUCCCAGUUCGGCGCGGUGGAGAAGGCCGAGAUUAUCACCGACAAGCUGACAGGCAGGAAGCGCGGCUUCGGCUUUGUCUUCUUCGAGGACGGCGAGUCGGCCUCCAAGGCGGCGCUCACCAAGUUCCACACUAUCAGCGGCUCCAAGGUGGAGGUGAAGAAGGCCAUGAGCAAGCAGGAGAUGUCCGGCGGAGGCGGUGGCGGUAGAGGCGGCCGGGGUCGCGGUAGAAGCAUGUCGAGUUACGGCGGAGGAAGAGGCGGAGGCGCCGGCGGCGGCUACGGGGCAGGCGGCUACGGGGCGAGCAGCUACGGGGCUGGAGGCUACGGGGCGGGCGGCUACGGUGCGGGAGGCUGCGGCGGUUACGGAGCCAGCGGCUACGCGAGUGGAGGCUACGGCGGCGGCGGCGGCUACGAAGAGUACGACAGCGGCAUGGCUGGCGGGUAUAGCAACGGGGACUUCGGGGAGGGCUACGGACAGCAGCACUCCAGCUACGGCGCCAUGAAGGGGGGCAACUACUCUUCCUUCCGGAGCGCGGCCCCUUACAGCAGAGGCGGCUACGGUCGAGGCGGCUACGGAGGCGGCUAUUAGUUCCCUCCAAUUUUUUGAUACGGCCACGGGAGGGGGGAGGGCGGCUGUCCGGGAUUCCAGAGAACUUGAAAACACACAAUCGGGAGGGGGGUCUCGUUGCUCUAUUGAGGAAGGGAGAAGUGUCCACCAUCCCCCCCCCCCCCCGUCGAAUGAAUGAAUCACCCCCCUUUACACCCUCCAUCUGUCCCUCUUAUUCCUCCUUACGGACUCUACUACUACUACUACUUCAGAAUUGUGAAUUGUUGAUGGGGGGGGGGGAAAAAUGCCAUUCGCUUUCUGCUUACGGACACUGUUGUCACUGCUUUUCUCGCGUCAAUAUUUUGUUUUUGUUUCGAUCCUGAGUUUUCUCUCAGGGUUUGAAGUCAACUUGUUGGCGCGUGACAAAAAGCAGACGUUUUUUUUCCUUUUUUUUUUUUUUUUUUUUUUUGAUUUGUUUGUUUAGAUUAAAACUGGUUUGAAAUCCUGUUCAGCACACCUACGUUCUGUUUUAUUAAAGUUUUUAAUGUUCAGAAAACAAACAAUAUGGUCUUUCUUUAAAUGUUUUUCUUUUUACAUGGUGCAUUUCCAUGAGUGCCACCCAGGGGGCAGCAUCGGUUUCGUUGCCAGCCGCCAUUUUGAGACAAGGUGGUGAAUGUUGGUUUAACGCAAACCCUCCCAGCCAGUCUAAAAUAGUCUUUUGGUGGGUACUGUUUUUUUUUUUUUAUAAAAUAUUGUGUAUUUUGCGUCCCUUCGUUUUCUCUCACUUUUGCAUUAAAAGCAAGACAUCUG